GUUUUUGCUGAAAGCUUCGAGCACUCGAUCGCCAGCUAUGAUUCAGUUUGUGCUUCUGAUAAGUAGGCAAGGCAAAGUUAGGUUGACUAAAUGGUACUCGCCGUACACCCAAAAGGAAAGAACUAAGGUAAUUCCUUGCAUAAAUCAUCUACGUCGUGUUUUCGGUUCGGUGCUUCGUGAGCUCAGUGGAGUGAUCCUUGCAAGGGGUCCCAAGCUCUGCAAUUUUGUGGAGUGGAGAGAAUACAAAGUUGUUUAUAAGAGAUAUGCGAGUCUGUAUUUCUGUAUGUGUAUUGAUCAAGAUGAUAAUGAGCUAGAGGUCCUUGAGAUCAUACAUCAUUUUGUCGAAAUUCUUGACCGAUACUUUGGCAGUGUGUGUGAAUUGGAUUUGAUCUUUAACUUCCACAAGGCCUACUAUAUACUGGAUGAACUUUUGAUUGCUGGUGAACUUCAAGAGUCGAGCAAGAAAACGAUUGCACGGUUGAUAGCAGCACAGGAUUCUCUGGUGGAGACUGCAAAAGAGCAGGCUAGUUCAUUAAGUAAUAUGAUUGCACAGGCCACCAAGUAAUGAAGAACAAACAUAUACUGUCACCUGUUGUAUUAUUAAUUCAAAUUGAAGAGGUUCUGUAUUGAUAUGGUCAUUAUUUUGCAUUUCCUUUCGGCUGAUGAACAUUUCUUUUGAUUAUGUACGUCUCUUCAAAGAUUGUAAACCACAUUACUCGCCCGUUUGCUUUUCCCUUGUCUUGUGUAGCUUAAUACAUUGGCAUUCUUUCAUAUGCGCUCAUGUCCAGAUGUUUUGCAAAUC